AUGGAGCCGAGCUUCUGGCGCUCGCCAGCUCGACCUUGCCUCGGACGCCGUUGGACUGUUCCGCCAGUGGUGCCAGAGGUGUGGAGCAGCGGUGGAAGCAGCAGUAGCAGCUCCUAUGUCGCCGGCAAAGUGCGUGCGAAGACCAGCACGCCGUGGCUGCGUCUCGGAGUAGGUACGGGCCUCGCGCUUGCGGCGGCGAAAUCACGCGCCCCUGUGCAAACGAGACCGGAUCCCAACUUGCAGGGCCUGUCGAUGCUGAACCAGGACUUUGGGCAGGAUGACACAGAUAUCAGCAACGCCUCAGAGAGAAGAAGGGAUGACGAUGAUGAUGAGUCUUGGGCCUUCUGGGAGGAGCAGCUCCAUCCGACCCCGGGGCCGAAAAAUUUGCCUCGGGACAAAGAGCCCGAGCCCUUGCCAUCGCCUCUUCCUUCCAUGCAGCCUCCGGCGCCGGGGGACGGGGAUGACAUCGGAGAUGACAUCGAGGAUCAGGCGGCCAGUUUUGAGAAGGCCUAUCGGCCCGCAGAGCCCACCAUCAUGGGCUCAGAUGGCCGCCCCUUGAAGGUUCCAUUCUAUUCCACCUUCGAGGAGGCCAUCAAGGAGCUUGCGUAUCCGCCAUUUCUUCAGGCCGCGCUGGCCCGGCGUGGCUUCUACUACUUAACGCCGGUGCAACAGUGCUCCUUACCCCUGAUGAGAGGCCGGCACGAUUUUCUUGCGUCAGCCUUCACUGGCUCGGGCAAGACAGCAGCAUAUCUACUUCCCAUCCUCAAGACGUUGCACGAGGUGUCCAGACUUAUUCCAGGCACCAGUGUCGCCAGCCACUACAAGACGAAGGACAACAGCCGAAGUGUCAAACCGGGCCUAGGCAUCGUCAGGGGAAUCAAGAACGGCCAGGCGGCUCUGGAGUUCGAAGCGGCAGCGGGCAAGAUCCAUCGACAGCUGGUGCCUGUCGACUGGGUUGUGGGAGCGCCUGACCCACCACCGAAGAGGAGAUGGCAAGGCCCGGCAGUUCCGAAGGCUCUGAUCUUGGUGCCAACGAGGGAGCUCAGCGAGCAGGUGCACAAUGAAGCCAAAGAGUUUCUACACUACUCGCCUUUGCGAAGUGCGGCCAUCUACGGCGACAGCAACCUGCGAUCACAGUUCCGUGAUCUGGCCCAUGGGGCAGACGUUUUGGUGGCGACACCGGGGCGCUUGAUUGACGCUCUGCACAAGGGCAUGAUUCGUUUGGAUGAGGUCCGCUUUCUGGUCCUUGACGAGGUAGACAGGAUGAUGGAGCUAGGAUUUGGAAGUCAGCUCGAGGAGAUCGUCACUCAGGGUGCAAUGCCUGGUAGACUUGGCGGUCGCCAAACGAGCUUCUGGUCCGCCACCAUCCCCCUCUCCGUGCGAGAGCUGGCAGAAGCCUUCGUGGGAACACAGUGUGUUUGGGUAGACUGCACGGGCGGACAAACUAAUCCAGUGCCGACAACCAUAUCUCACGUGUUCAUCGACGCCCGCCCUCCGCAUCGCGCUCUUCGAGAGUUUCAGCCUGGAGACUCCGUGAUCACAAAGGGUGGAAGGCGCGGUGUCGCAGAGUUUCGGGUUGGGCGUCGAUGGCGAGUGCAGUUCGAUGAUGGUGAUCUCGUCCAGCACAAGAUGCUUUUGAAGGGACGACUGCAUCAUACAAGCCUACGCACAGACUCCAGCGUGCGAUGCAAGCAGGAGAUGCUGCGAUCGGUCCUCGAAUCGCGUGAAUUCGAGGAGGCGACGAUUAUCAUUUUCUGUCGGAGACGUGACACGGUCAUGGAGGUGUACCAUUACCUGAAGGAGCACUUCGAGGGAGUGGUGACGUGCCAUGGAGGUAUGACGCAGUCUUUCCGCAGCAAGUCCAUCAAGGCGAUGAAAGAGGGCAAUGCUGACAUCUUGGUCGCCACAGACAUUGCAGCGCGUGGUUUGGACGUGCAAAGCGUGACCCAUGUCAUCAACUACGAGCUACCUCUGGUCUUGGAUGAAUUCGUUCAUCGCAUUGGCCGCACAGGGAGAAUUGGCCGCAAGGGCACUGCUGUUACGUUCGUCACCGGCCGCGAGAAAAUAUUCGGAGCUAUGCGCCGUAUGGUGCUGUCUCAAGGGCACUCCGUACCUGAUUGGUUCAACUUUCAGGGCCUGCAGCUUGCGUGGAGACCGAGGAGCUACAAGAUGCCUUUCACGAAAGUCCGGAAGGGCAUUCCUCAGGAUGCGCCGCCGGAGGUGCGAGAUGCAUACAUGGAGAAAAACCGCGACAUGCAGCGCAGGACGAAGUCCAAGCUCAUGACCCGAAUGGCCGAGUUGGAAGGUGCGCCAGUGGAUCCGAGGGAGCUGAACCGAAGGUCCGUGGUGAUUGUCGAUGCUGCGGAAGAGGCGCAGGAUGAGUCGGACAUGAAGUUCGACUUCGACGGAACUGAGGUUGUUAUGGAAGCUAUGGAACCUAUGGAAGGGAUGUGA